AUGGUUUUGAGUUUGCAGGCCUUUAUGUCCGAUAUUAUUAAGGUUCGGCCAUUGCAUCUUCCCGAAGUGCGCCUUCUUCUCGAGCAGAAAAAUAUAGACGUGCUGUCGAUCUCAGAAUCUUGGCUGACACCGCGCCACUGUUCAUCGCUUUUCGAGUUGCCUGGUUACACUCUAGUGCGGAAUGACAGGAGCCUCAGAACGAACAAUUGGAGGCCGACACCGCAAAUAACGCGUCUGAAUGAAACUGAGUACAUGUUAUUGGAUUUACGGCCUGGAAGAGGGCGACGUAUGCUCUUUGCGUCUGUGUACAGGCGUCUGAAGGGUGAUGUUCUCACUGAUUUUUUUGGCACAAUCCAGGCUAGCUCGGGUCGCUUCUCAGAUAUUGUAAUAGCGGGUGACUUGAACUCCGAUAUGCUGGGAGACGAUUACUACGCGCGCCACCUGCGGCGGUUGAUUCUUGAGAAUUCGAUGUACCUCGCGCCUACAGGAGCAACGCACCAUUGUCCGUCGGCCGAUACUUGGAUCGAUGUGAUAGUAACAAAUUCAAGUGAAGUGGUGCGGUCUGUGGUGUCGUCUGAUGCUCCAUACAUCAACGGUCACGAUUAUUUGUACAUAGAUUACGCUUUGAGUGAGCCAUCGGUGAGGGUUUUGCCACGGAUUCGUGAGUUUCGACACUUCUCGGCUGAGGAUUUCUCGGCUGCGGUAUCGUCGGGGUUGGCAAGGGUCGAUGUGGAUGAUGGUGUGGACGUGGAUACAUUACUUGGGCACUUCCAGGAGGUAUUGAGGUCGUCUCUGGAUAUCCAUGCGCCACUGGUGGAGAGGAGGCAGCGUCGUAGGCCGGCGCCCUGGUUUAAUGCGGAAUUGCGUGAGCGUUGUAGGGCGCGUGAUCGUGUGUAUAUGAUUGCUCGCCGCACCGGUGAUCCUGGCUGUCUGCUGCGGUAUCGAGGUCUGAGGUCGGCCCUGAAGCGAGACAUAAGAGAGGCGCGAGAGGAGUAUCUGCGUCGUGCCUUGGAGGGUGCACGGGAGCCAUCCCAGCGAUGGAGUAUUCUCCGUAGAUUUGGAAUAGUUGGAGGCUCGCAGCGAUCACCAUUGCAUUUUAUUUCACCCGUGGUGCUGUCCCGGCACUUCUCGGCGAUGUCUUGUACUCACUUGCCGUGCACUGUGUGGGAGCUGGAGGGAAUCUUGGGUGAUGCUGGUGCCCGGCCUGACGGCUUCUCAUUGGCUCCGGUGUCGUUUGUGGGCGUGUCUCAGGCGAUGGCACAUUGCAUGGUUCGUUCACGGGGUAGAAGCUUGGAUGGGCUGUCCCUCUCAUAUUUUCGUGGCUCUUUUGCCGCAAUUGUGCCGUUCCUCACCGGCCUUAUCAAUCGCUCGUUUGAAUCUUGUAGGUAUCCUGCACCUUGGCGUCGGUCUGUGAUUGUGCCGCUCUCUAAGAUUGCGCAACCCAUUGGCCCUUCUGAUGUGCGUCCUGUUGCGAAUAUGGCGCAUUUUGCGAAGGUUCUGGACGUUCUUGUGUCGCGACAGGUGGUGGCUUACUUGGAGGGUCAGAGACUCCUUUCGCCCAUGCAAUCGGGUUUCCGGAGGGGCCAUAGCACGCAGUCAGCUUUACUUAAGUUGACGGAGGAUGUUCGCGUUGGGAUGGAGGCCGGAAAGGUCACGAUUUUGGUGCUGUUUGAUUUCAGGCGUGCAUUCGAUUCCAUCAGCCAUGUGGUCCUGCUAAAGGCUAUGAGCAGGAUGAACUUCUCUCCGGACGCUAUUAGGUGGUUCCACUCGUACUUGUCUGACCGAUCGCAGGCCGUUGUUGGGCUGGAUGGGGUGCAGACUGAUUUUCUGCCGUGUACGUCGGGUGUGCCUCAGGGCUCUUCUUUGGGACCAAUUUUGUUUUUAAUUGUAAUAGAUUCUAUUUUGGCGGUGCUGUCUCAUAGUACGGGAAUACUUUUUGCUGAUGAUUUGCAGGCGUAUAUGCAAUGCAGGCCUUCAGAGGUUGCUGGAGCUGUGGGUAGGUUCAAUGAGGAUAUCGGGAGGGUUGUAGCCUGGGCAUCUGAGUUUGGUCUUCAGCUCCAUUUUGGAAAGUUGCGUGCUAUGCUUCUGGCUACUUGUCAGAAUUUAAUGCGAAUUGACGUUGACGCCAUACCCCCUUUGCUGGCUGAUGGGAAGGUGAUUCCACUUGUUAGUUCGGUUAAGGACUUAGGGGUGACGUUGUCGAGUGACCUUUCAUGGAAUGCCCACGUUGCAGCAGUAUGCUCAAGGGUACAUGGUGUGUUGUAUCGUCUCCGGUAUCGGGGUGGCACUCUGUCAUCCCGACUUAGAGCUGCUCUUGCUGUGAGUCUUGUUAUUCCCCACUUCGAUUAUGCCUGCUUAGUCUACAUGGGUCUUUCAGGGUACCUGGCCACCAAGCUCGAUCGUCUGUCUAAUACUGUUGUUAGGUGGUUCCACUCGUACUUGUCUGACCGAUCGCAGGCCGUUGUUGGGCUGGAUGGGGUGCAGACUGAUUUCCUGCCGUGUACGUCGGGUGUGCCUCAGGGCUCUUCUUUGGGACCAAUUUUGUUUUUAAUUGUAAUAGAUUCUAUUUUUGCGGUGCUGUCUCAUAGUACGGGAAUACUUUUUGCUGAUGAUUUUCAGGCGUAUAUGCAAUGCAGGCCUUCAGAGGUUGCUGGAGCUGUGGGUAGGUUCAAUGAGGAUAUCGGGAGGGUUGUAGCCUGGGCAUCUGAGUUUGGUCUUCAGCUCCAUUUUGAAAAGUUACGUGCUAUGCUUCUGACUACUUGUCAGAAUUUAAUGCGAAUUGACGUUGACGCCAUACCCCCUUUGCUGGCUGAUGGGAAGGUGAUUCCACUUGUUAGUUCGGUUAAGGACUUGGUGGUGACGUUAUCGAGUGACCUUUCAUGGAAUGCCCACGUUGCAGCAAUAUGCUCAAAGGUACAUGGUGUGUUGUAUCGUCUCCGGUAUCGGGGUGGCACUCUGUCAUCCCGACUUAGAGCUGCUCUUGCUGUGAGUCUUGUUGUUCCCCACUUCGAUUAUGCCUGCUUAGUCUACAUGGGUCUUUCAGGGUACCUGGCCACCAAGCUCGAUCGUCUGUCUAAUACUGUUGUUAGGUCAGAGGUAAAUCGAUAUUGGUUCAGGGUACCAAGAAAAGUCAACUAG